UCACUCUCUCCCUCUGGGUGUUUGCUCUCCCUCUUUUCUCGCUCUCUUUCUGUCUCCGUCACUCUGUACGGAGGCAGGGUAGUCGCGAGGAGUAGCCAGCCAGGGAGCAACGCAACCCACGGCCGGUUGGACUCGCCUGUGCACCUCCUCUCCAUGGUACUCCACCGCGAGCGCUCCCCCUCCCCCGAACCCCGCAUGGAAGCGCCGACUGCCCGGCGACUGUGCGCCCGCGUCCGCUCUCUUACGGAACCUUUUUGUCCAGUCUGAGAAAGCGGAGAAGGAGGAGAAAACGGGGGGCGGGGGGCCGGUGAAGGUGGAAACAAGUCUGCGAGAUCACUUUCGUCCGGAAAGGAUUUUUUUCGGUUGGGGCGGGGGGGCACUUUUUGGAAGGAGGGGAAGGAGUUCACCGAGUGCGCGCUCAUGAAUUCGGAUAAAAAUGUUUACCUCGGCAGAGACAAAGGCAUCAUGCGGAAGAGAGCUUUGCUCCUUCGCAAGGGCUGCAGCUUCGAGAUUACCAGCUCGGCCUCGGAGGACUUGGGCUGCCGGCGCGGAGACUUCAGCAGGAAGCACUACGGCUCUGUGGAACUGCUGAUAUCCAGCGAUGCAGACGGGGCCAUUCAGAGGGCAGGACGCUUCAGGGUGGAGAACGGCUCCACAGAUGAGACUUUGGACUAUGCUCCCGGAACGUGGAGGAGAACUGACGUCCACCUGGAAAAUCCCGAGUACCAUACCAGAUGGUUCUUUAAAUACUUCCUCGGUAAAGUGCACCAGAACUACGUGGGCACGGACGCGGAGAAGAACCCCUUCUACCUGUCGGUGGUCCUGUCCGAUCAGAACAACCAGCGGGUUCCGCAGUAUCGAGCCAUCCUCUGGAGGAAAACGGGCACGUUGAAGAUCAGCCUUCCUUACAGUCCCACCAAAACACUAUCGGUCAAGUCCAUCCUCAGCGCGAUGAACAUGGACAGGUUUGAGAAAGGCCCUCGGGAGAUCCUUAACCCUGACAUUCAGAAGGAUCUGCUCGUGUUGGAGGAACAGGAGGGCUCUGUCAAUUUUAAAUUUGGCAUCCUGUUCGCCAAAGACGGACAACUCACAGAUGACGAGAUGUUCAGCAAUGAAAUGGGCAGCGAGAGCUUCGACAAGUUUCUGAAGCUGCUAGGAGACACCGUCACGUUGCAAGGAUGGGCCGGUUACCGGGGAGGCUUAGACACCAAGAACGACACUACAGGGAUCAAAUCUAUCUACACGGUGUAUCAGGGCCACGAGCUCAUGUUCCACGUGUCCACCAUGUUGCCCUACUCCAAGGAAAACAAACAACAGGUGGAGAGAAAGCGUCACAUCGGAAAUGACAUCGUCACCAUCGUAUUCCAGGAAGGCGACGACGCUUCGUCGUCCUUCAAGCCCUCCAUGAUCCGCUCACACUUCACUCAUAUUUUCGCGUUAGUUCGAUAUAACAGCCAGACCGACAGUUACAGGUUGAAGAUUUUCUCCGAGGAGAGCGUCCCGCUGUUUGGACCGCCUCUCCCGUCGCCGCCCGUCUUUACCGAUCACCACGAAUUCAGGGACUUUUUAUUAGUCAAAUUAAUCAAUGGAGAGAAAGCCACACUGGAGACGCCAACGUUUGCCCAGAAGCGUCAGCGGACCUUGGACAUGUUAAUCCGCUCGCUCUACCAGGACCUCAUGCCCGACCUGCACAAGGUGCCCUUUUCCCCGCAGAACAUGUUAAACCGCCGCUCCUUUAGCGACGUGCUGCCCGAGUCGCCAAAGUCGGCGCGCAAAAAGGAAGAGGCGCGCCAGGCCGAGUUCGUCAGGAUAGGCCAGGCUCUGAAGCUGAAGACCAUCGUGCGAGGCGACGCCCCCACCAGCCUGGUGACCACCGGCCUGUGCAGAAGGGAGCCGUGGGAGUCUCAGUCCUUCUGCAUAAGCUUCCCUCACGAGAUGGUGUGCGCCGACUCGUGGGGGCAGUCGCUGCUGGUGGCCACCGACGCGGCGGGGGUUCUGCUGCUGGACGGUGAGCCCGGCCCUGAACUGCCUUCAUCCAGCACAGAGGCUCAGAAUCUUCCGCCGCCGGUUCAGGUGUUCGACAAGACGCUGCUGGUGAAGCAGAUGCACAUUCUCGAGCCUCAGGACCUGCUCGUCACCAGGGCGGACAAAGGCAAGGACGCUCGGCUGUAUGUGUUCCGACUGAGCACGCUCAGGAUAGGCUUGGAGGAGAGGCAGCUGCCCCGUAGCAAGUGUGACUGCCGGGAGAAUAAACUGGAGAAAACCAAAGGUUGCCAUUUGUACUCCAUCAACACGCAUCACAGCUCCGAGCUGAGGAUCGUGGCCGCCAUCCGGAACAAACUCCUCCUCAUCACGCGGAAACGCUUCGAAGGCUUCUGUGCCGUCGGAGGGGCCGACUCGCCCGUGGAGGAGUUUCAGUACAUACGGGAGAUCUGUCUGUGCGACCCGCCCGCGGUGAUGGCAUUGGUGGAUGGACCGACGGGAGAAAACGACAACAUGAUCUGCGUGGGCUACAAGCAUCAGUUUGACCUGAUCAACGAGAGCACAGGAGACGCCUACAGGCUGCACCACGUCGACGCCAACAGGGUCAAUUUUGUGACGGCUAUCGACGUGUACGAGGACGGCGAGGCCGGUCUGUUGUUGUGCUACAAUUAUGUUUGUUCUUACAAGAAAGUUUGUCCGUUCAAUGGCUCCACACCCAUGAUCCAGUCCAACACGUCCGACUUCCACUUCACCUGGAACCAGAUGCCCAACGCAAUCGUUUGCGCCUUCCCGUACAUCCUGGCGUUCACCACGGACUCCAUUGAGAUUCGCCUGGUGGUCAACGGGAACUUGGUAUACACAGCGGUGGUCCCGGAACUGCAGCUAGCUUCGUCACGAUCGGACAUCUACUUCGUGUCGUCGGCUCCGGUCAGCUCGGCCUCCAACUGCAGUUCCAGGGAGACGAGCUCGCAGACUUCCCCGCAGUCGCCCGGCAGUCACGAGAUGCCCGUUUUCCCUUCGCCGCUUGGGGACGAUUCUAUACGGAUCCCCUACGGUACCAAGCUCUCGCUGUACUUGGCAAAGGACGCCGAAGGCGAACCGGCGUGCAAGCAUAUCUUCAAGAUUCCUCUGUGCAACCUGGUGGGUCGCAGCAUCGAGAGACCCCUCAAGUCGCCGCUGGUCAACAAAGUGACGACGGCGCACAGCGUCGCCCAAGUCGCCGCCACCCCGUUGGUCGCAGCCACGCAUUCGCUGUCACUAUCGCGCAUGGAAAUCAAGGAGAUAGCCAGCCGCACCCGCAAGGAGCUUCUCGGGCUGACAGAGGAACCCGCCAGCAAACCGGAGAACAGCACGUUGAAAGCGAGGAAAACGAGCAAGAAGGACAUGUUGGCGGAGCCCAGGGAGAAAGCGCUUACGUCCACCAACAGCGACAGGUUGGACUCGGAGGCCGGCGACGCCGACUCAGACAUAGCGGCUACGUUAGAGGCUGAGCCAGAGACCUCGUUGCUCCGGGCUGACAGUCCGCCGCCGCCGCCGCCGUCUCUCAGCGGCGCCUUUGCUCUCACCGCGUCCUUUGAGGAAGACAUCCUUGAUCUCAAGCAGAGAGGCAGCUUGUUAAGGUUAAGGAUGAGUGACAAGGGAGCUGCUUUGAACUUGCCAGAGAAGCUCGAGAGGACAGUGGUACCUCUACAUACAAAGUUAAUUCGUUCCAGGACCAUGUUUGUAAGUCGAAAUGGUCGUAUGUCAAGCAGGAUUUUUCCAUAGGAAUACAUUAUAAUUCCAUUAAUUCAUUCCACAGCCCGAAAACCUACACUAAAUCCUAAUUAAAUAAUGCUGGUACCAUUACAAAUAGCAAUAGCAUUGGGUUUUAAUGUGGCAGAUGGGUUUUGCGUGGUGUACCUGAACCAAGGGCGUAGGUUUGCAUAGAAACGGUAGGGACAUAACACUACCAACUUUUUAGGAUGCUGAAAUUGUCCCCACCAACUUUUAAGCAACCUUAUUUGCAUUAUAUAAAGACUUCAGUUAUAUAGGUACAGUU